AUUAUUAUUAUAGCCAGCCAGUUGUAAGAUGCUAUUGUUCUAAACACUUUAGUCCUCAAAUAUUUUUAUUUUGUCCUUUUCUACCCCUAAUCCAAUAAAAAUCAAUCCACACACAUCCUAAACAAUAAACAAAGAAAUCAAUUAUGUCACAAAUAUUUAGAGAAAUAUUAUUUCAAGAACCAAAUUCAAUCUUUAUCAAAGUCAUGAUAAUGAUAAAUUUAAUAUUUUCAGCAAUAUUGGGUUAUUCAGAAGGCUCAGGCAAACAAAAUCUUGAAUAUUCAAAGUUUUGGAAUUUGAAAUCUCAAGAUAAAAUUAAAAUCCCAAGCAAAAUUGGGAUGAUUAUUGCUUAUACUCCUAGUUUAAUUACAUGUUUAAGCUUCUUUUGGAUAUUUCCAAAUGGUGGAAUCAGAUUUUUCAUACUUAAUUUUGCUAUUACCAUUCAUUUCUUCAAAAGACUCCUUGAGGUUUUGUUUGUGCACAAAUACAGUGGUUCCAUGGCUAUGAAAUCUGCAAUUACUAUUUCUUCAAGCUAUUUUAUAGCCUUUUCAAGCAUAAUAUAUAUUCAACACUUGACUAAAGGAUCAAUAGAGCCAACAAUUGACUUGAAGCAUUUUGGAUUUAUUGUAUUUUUAGUGGGAAUUAUUGGCAAUUUUUAUCACCAUUUUAUCCUUUCUAAAAUAAGAAAAAAAGGUGAAAGUGGAUAUAAAAUUCCCAAAGGUGGCCUUUUUAACUUAGUUAUAUGUCCACAUUACUUUUUUGAAAUUGUCACAUUUUUUGGUUUUUCUCUUAUUAGCCAAACUUUGUUUUCAUUUUCUUCUACCAUAGGGACAUUAUUUUAUUUGAUGGGAAGGAGUUAUGCUACUAGGAAAUGGUACAUUUCCAAAUUUGAAGAUUUUCCUAGAAAUGUUAAGGCUUUAAUACCUUUUGUGUUUUAAAUAAAUUUAUGAGUAUAAUUAGAAUUGUUAUGAGCCUAUUAUUAUUGUUUAAAUACAGGUCGAGUUUACUGUUUA